GUGACCGUCCGGCGCGUCACGCGCCAUCAGCUGACUGCGGUCAUCAGAGGAAGAAGUCAAAUCGUUCGUCGACCUUGUUUCGGUGAUUUCCUCCGCUGCUUGCAUUGCUUCGGCGUCGCUCCGCGCUGUUUUCCUGACCCAGUAUGGCGAGCCAGUCGCAGGGCAUCCAGCAGCUGCUCCAGGCCGAGAAGAGAGCGGCCGAGAAGGUGGCCGAAGCCCGCAAACGUAAGAACCGCCGUCUGAAGCAGGCGAAGGAAGAAGCCCAGGCCGAGAUCGAACAGUACCGGCUGCAGAGAGAGAAAGAGUUUAAGACCAAAGAGGCCGCAGCUCUUGGUUCCCAUGGUAACAGUGCGGUGGAGGUGGACCGUGACACAUCUGACCGGAUGGUGCGUAUCCAGGACAGUUACCGUGGUAACCGGGAGACUGUGCUUGGCGAGUUGCUGCGACGUGUCUGUGACAUCCAGCCAGAGUUUCAUGCUAACUACCGCGUGGCUGGGUGAAGGGGCGGGACUACAAGCUACCAGGGGCGUGAUCAAUACCAUAGGGGGCGGGGCAAACAGAUUAAACAUGGAUAUUUGCAACAUUAGUUUUGGUCACAGCUGAAACCUUUUUAGUGCAAUGUAUUUUAGUUUGUGAUUCAAAAAUUGAUAUUUUAUUUUGAAGGUGCAGUGUUCAUUUCUUCCUGUUUUCCUGCUUUGCACGAAGAUGAGCAUAAUUAAAUGUUGGUGUUUCUGUGUAGAUUUAUUUAUUUAUACACACCAACGGGUAAAGGUUUGGGUACAUUUUCAUAUUGAUUGUGUCCAAACUUUUGCUUUGUUAAACUUUGUUUUUGUUAACUUUUCUGACUCAAACAUGGUGUGUUUUUCUUCACUGCCUGUCUGUUGAUGAGAAAAUCAGGUGUCGGUUUAUAGAAAGGUAAAACUAAAUGAGAGAUUGGCUGUGUUUCUUUUAAGUCUCCUCCAAUGAGAAGUCAGGACUUCUUUCUGCUCUCUAACCUGAUUGGUGGGAAGAUGUGGAAAGGCCCUUAUUGUGAAACUGUUGUAUAGUUCUACAGUCUUUUCCUUUUGUGACCGUGUGACUUCCUGGUGAUGUUUGUGAGGUGGUGGUGAUAAAAUAUUAAACUAAAUGUUGAUUGGCUGAAA